AUGAUGCAUGGCCUUGCAUGGUGCAUGACGUGGCAUGGGCAGGUGGAGCAGAUGGCAUCGAAGCACCACCCGCACCUGGUGCGGCUGCUGGGGUACUGUGUGCACAUGGAUACGCGCACGGAGCAGCACGAGCAGAUCGUCGUCUACGAGUUCAUGCCCGCCGGCGACCUGCAAUCCUGCAUGCCCACCCACCUCGCCGACGCGCCUGAGAAAGGUGGGGAGUGUGGAAGGGUGGGGAGUGCGGGAAGGGUUAGAAGACCCAUUCCGAUUGUGCCUCCACCUUCCCCUCCUCCCAUCACACACACACUCCCAGGCGCCACACGGGCGCCUUUGUCGCUGCAGCAGCGCCUGCAGGUGCUGGUGGGAGUGGCGCGUGGGCUGCAGUACCUGCACAGCUUUGGCAUCGUGCACCGCGACAUCAAACCCGCCAACAUCCUGCUCGAUGCCCACAUGACGGCCAAGGUGGCGGACUUUGGGCUGGUGAGGAUGGGCGAUGAGAGCACGGGUGACACAACGCGCAUUCUUGGCACACCGGGCUAUGUGGACCCCGCAUACUCCAAGUCGCGCAAAGCCGCCCCCUCCAACGACGUCUACAGCUAUGGCAUAGUCAUGUUGGAACUCUUCACAUCCCAGAGGGCAAUCCUGCAGGAGGGAGACCACAACAUCAACAUCAGGCAAUGGGCGGAGCCGCUGCUGACAGCAUUGGAUGCUGAAACCCUCAAAGACCCAUGCCUUGAUGCUCCGCCUGAGGUCAUUCUUCAACUGACACAGCUGGCCCUGCAGUGCACAAGCAUGCCUGUAUCAAGCCGCCCCCACAUGGACCAGAUUGUUGUCAGACUGUCUGACUUGUAUACGAGGCUCUUCGGGUCUGGCGCGGGUGGAAAUGGGGAGUCAGUUGACUCGAUUCUUCAGCGUGUUGAACAUCCACUUCACUCGUUCGAUGAGGCGAUUGCAAUGGCUGAUGCUGCAGGAACCCAAGGAUCUUUUGUCUAG